AUGGGAGAUUUUAAUGUUCACCAUUAUGCGUGGGGUUGCUCAUAUAGUGAUAGAUAUGGUAAUGAACUAUUGGAAUCAAUUGAAGAAAACAAUUUAUAUUUAGUGAACAAUGGAAGUCCGACUCUGGUAUUCAAAAAUACAAAAACGGUGGUUGAUAUAACUUUAUGUUCAUCAGAAAUAAUAAAUAAGAUAAAGUGGGAAGUGCAAAAGGAGUCACUGGGAUCUGAUCAUUUUCCAAUCCAUGUUGAACUUAAUGUGAAAAAUGACAAAUAUAUAAAUACAUCAGUAAGAAAAUGGAAUUGUAAACGAGCAGACUGGGAUAAAUAUAAAUCCGUUAUAGAAGAAAAAUGCGAAAAGAUAGAUAAUUCUACAACAGAAGUUAGUUAUAGUGAAUUAUUAGAUUGGAUUGAUAGUGCAGCUAACAGCAGUAUACAAAUUAAUAAGGUGAGAAAUAAAACCAGAAGACCAAUGUGGUUUGAUAAUGAGUGCUUGGAUUUAAUUAAAAAACGAAGAGAAAUAGAAGCAAAAUACAGAAAUAAUGCAAACUGGGAAAACUUUAUGGAAUAUGUUCUAGUAGACAAAAUAGCACCACCAGGAGUUAGUUACAAUAUUGAUGAAGAUUUAAAUGGGUAUGCGGAAAUGGAAAAUGAUUUAUUAAGUAAACCGUUUACAAAAUGGGAACUAGAAAAAACCUGGAAUAAAAGAACGGAUACAGCGCCUGGAUUAAAUAAUAUUCAAUAUUCAAUGUUAAGAAACCUUCCAGAGAAAGGUAAACAAAUAUUACUAAAGAUAAUUAAUAAAUAUUGGAAGAGGCCUGAAUUAAUUGAUGACUGGCAUAUUAAUAAAGUGAUUUUAUUAAGAAAACCAAAUAUAAAUAGAAAUGAAAUAGAUGCCUAUAGACCAAUAACUUUAAGCUCGUGCAUAGCCAAGAUAAAAGAUAGAUUGAUAAAGAGGAGGCUAGAAUGGUGGUUGGAACAUAAUAAAAUAUUCCCAAGAACUCAAUUUGGUUUCAGAAGAAAACAUAGUACAAUGGAUAAUUUAAGUAUAUUUAUUAGUGACAUAUAUUUGGCAUUUUCUAAAAAUACAUAUGUUGUAGCACUAUUUAGUGAUAUAAAGGGAGCUUAUGACAAUGUAAUACCUAAUAUUUUAAUGGAUAAAUUAUUAAAAAAAAUAGUUUUAGAGAUGAAUGAUAGAAAAUAUGAAAGAUACUUAUACAAAGGACUUCCGCAAGGGGGUAUACUGAGUCCUUUAUUAUAUGCUUUAUAUGCUUAUGACUUAAAAAAAAUUUGGGUACCUGGAACAAAGAUCUUACAAUAUGCUGAUGAUGUUGUGAUUUAUGUAGAAAGGAAAACAUUAAAAGAUGCUUUGGAGAUUAUGACAAACAAUAUUGAUUUAUACAAUUUAUGGUUGAGCAAAAAUGGUUUAACAUUAUCAGAAGAAAAAAGUACGAUUGAACUAAUAGCUAUUCGUGAAGCUGUUAGAAUAGCUAAAAUGAAUAAGUAUAAAAAAACUAUGAUUUUAACAGAUAGUUUAAGUUGUGUAAAUAAAUUAGAGAAGUUCAUGAAUACAAUAGAAUUUGAAGAAAAAAUAUAUUUUGAAAUAUUGAAUGAUAUAGAGAUAAUUACAGGGAUUGGAAAUAACAUAAAUAUUGGAUGGGUACAAGGUCAUAUAGGUGUGGAAGGAAACGAAAAGGCUGAUGAACUGGCAAAAAUAGCAAGUAGGAGAGAUGGAAAGAAGUAUGGAGAGAAACAUCGCAAAGAAAAGGAAGGCAUUACAAAUUAUAUAAUGACUGUUUAUCGUUUAAACCAUGGUUUGAAGAGUUUAAAAAUGAAGAAAGAAGUUUUAUUGUCACCAUCAGUAGGAUAA